AUGUUAAAAAAAAGUAAAGAGAAUAUUAUAAAUAGUAUAGAACCUACACUAAAACCAAAUCAAUUAAACUCCAAGAAAAAGGCUACACUCAAGAAAUUCACAAAAUCUCAGGAGGUGAAGAAAAGAAUAGCAACUAUGCUAAGAAGGUCUCUGAAGCAAAAAGGAAAAUAG